UGGCCGCGCGUACCACCAGUGCGCGCUCCCGCCCUCCCCCCGCUGUCUGGCCGAUCCCGCGGUCGCGCGCCCACUGACGUCAGAGCGGCAGCGGAGAGACAGAGACGGAGGUAGCGGGGACGCAGCGGCACCGACAGACGGACGGACAGGGUGACAGAGCGAGAGCCCGCACCGGCCGGCACUCACCUCAGCGGGAUCCCCCCUUUUCCCCGCCGCCCUACAACCGGUACCCGGAAACACAUCCCCCCCACCCUCCCCACCUGCCGGGAUUAGGACCCGGGACCCCUCCGCCCGCUCCCGCCGGACCCGGGACCCCCCGAGCAGUCAUGGGCUGCACCCUGAGCGCGGAGGAGAGAGCUGCGCUGGAGAGAAGCAAACAGAUUGAGAAGAACCUGAAGGAGGAUGGGAUCACCGCGGCCAAGGAUGUGAAGCUGCUGCUCCUGGGGGCCGGGGAAUCUGGGAAGAGCACCAUUGUGAAGCAGAUGAAAAUUAUCCAUGAAGAUGGCUUCUCAGGGGAAGAUGUCAAGCAGUACAAGCCUGUGGUUUAUAGUAACACUAUCCAGUCCCUGGCAGCCAUUGUCCGUGCCAUGGACACCCUGGGCAUUGAAUAUGGUGAUAAGGAACGAAGGGCUGAUGCCAAGAUGGUGUGUGACGUGGUAAGUCGCAUGGAAGACACAGAACCUUUCUCCCCCGAGCUGCUGUCAGCCAUGAUGAGACUGUGGGCAGACUCCGGAAUCCAGGAGUGCUUCAACCGAUCCAGGGAAUAUCAGCUUAACGACUCUGCUAAAUAUUACCUAGACAGUUUAGAUCGGAUCGGGGCACCGGAUUACCAACCUACAGAGCAGGAUAUCCUACGAACCAGAGUGAAGACCACUGGCAUUGUAGAAACUCACUUCACCUUCAAAAACCUUCACUUCAGGCUGUUCGAUGUUGGUGGGCAGCGAUCAGAAAGGAAGAAGUGGAUUCACUGUUUUGAAGAUGUCACAGCGAUCAUCUUCUGCGUGGCUCUCAGUGGGUACGACCAAGUCCUUCAUGAAGAUGAGACCACGAACCGAAUGCACGAGUCUCUAAUGCUCUUCGAUUCCAUUUGUAACAACAAGUUCUUCAUUGACACAUCGAUCAUCCUCUUUCUUAACAAGAAGGACCUGUUUGCCGAGAAGAUCAAGAAGUCUCCUUUGACCAUCUGCUUUCCAGAGUAUACAGGUCCUAACACCUACGAUGAUGCUGCUGCUUAUAUCCAAGCACAAUUUGAGAGCAAGAACCGCUCACCAAACAAAGAGAUUUACUGCCACAUGACCUGCGCCACAGAUACGAAUAACAUCCAGGUGGUAUUUGACGCCGUCACUGACAUCAUCAUUGCCAACAACCUCAGAGGCUGCGGCUUGUACUGAUUCCUCUGUAUAGCAAUUUAUCUGCUGGUGAAAAUGAGAAUAGAUGCAAGUUGGUAAACUGAUGAGAAGGCACAUAUAUAUAUAUAUAUAUAUAUAUAUAUAUAUGUAUAUGAAAUAAUUAGUCUUUUUUUUUUUUUUUUUUUAGUUUGUCUCAAAGAGCUGUCAACAGAUUGGAUCUCCCAAUAGCUCCUGUCCCCUCCCCCCCUAGCAUAAACUGAAGAGGAUUCUUGAUUUCCUUUGAAGUUCUUCUUCAGGACCUAAAUGAUUUCUCCAUUCUCUCUCCGGUUUAGUUCUGGUAGAGGCUUGAGCUGUGAUUUCAACCUCUGUAUGGAACUGACAAGGUUGAAAGGCUUUUUUUCUGAUACAGGGAAGAUAAUCUAUCAUAAUCAUGUUUUUUUUAAGGAUUUGUGUCUCUAAGGGUCACAUUCUGCAGCUCCAUUAAAAAAAAUCAGGUAUAUCCUUUCUGUUCAGCUCUUGGGUAACAAAACAAAAAAAAGAAGGAAAAUAAAACAACAAAAGUUUUUCCAAACCAGGUAGAAGUGUUUGUGAGACUUGCAGGACCGUGCGCUCAGCUUUUUUUUUUUUUUUUUUAUUAUUUUUUUGUGGGUGCUGUAACUGUAUGAGGGUCUGUGAGGAAACAGGGGAGAUGCCCCUCUAGUCUGUUAAAAGCAAAGUAGCGGGCCCCCGUUUGUCUUGAAAAGGUUUCAGUGCCAACCCAAACUGCGGAGUGGUGGGAACAGUCUGCAAUUUCAGGGGGGGACAUACCCCACUGUCCCUCCUCCCUCCGCACUGCUCUACGGACCCUCAAAUUGACGUUCUGCUGGUAGCAUGACCUUUGGCCUUUGUAAAAAAAAUAAAAAAUAAAAAGUAAAAAAAAAAAAGAAAAUGAAAAAAACACAGCCUUCCUUAAAGUUGAUGUGUAAUGUUAUCACUGAUUUAGUGGCUGCAUAGGAUGCUGUAAAUCUGGUUUAGCUGAGUCUGUACUUUUAGAAGAAAUUAUACUGUUCUUUUUUUAUUUUUUUUAUUUUUUCCCACGUGCUUGUAGCUUAAUGACACCCUUAUCUUAAUAAUACCAUUUUCUUCUUACACCAGUUGUAAAGAGGCAUCUUUUUAAUUGUACGCAACCCCUUCACUGCCAGAGAGAUCUGAUUGGCCUCCAGCAAUGAAUGGAAUCAUGGAAAUCUGUUAUGUUGGGGGCAUUGGGUUUAUUUCUGUUGGACUUGAAGCCCUACGUAUAUAUAUUAAAAAAAAAAUUAAAGUGAAAAAUAAAACCCUUAACAACCAAGAACUUUCUGGGGUAAUAGAAAUGUACAGAUUCGAUGUCUGUUUCGUUGCUCUGGACUGUGUAUCAUGCACUCUCUGGGUUUGUAUAGAAAAAGCACAGCUCUCACUAAACCCUCCAGCUGCUGAAAUGUUCCUCCUAUAAGGGUUUUUGCUCUCAAUUCCAUGUAUUACAAAUAGUCUUCUUUACUUUCAAUCUCCUUUAUGUUCCCAAGUGAAUGCUUUGUGCUGCUUCUUUCGCCCUCUCUCCCUUUUGCCCCCUCCUCGCCACCCCUUUUAGUGAAUGGUGUUUUCCUCUCAUGUGGGAUGUUUGUGCUGCGAAAAAAAAAAAAAACAGAAAAAAAAGUGGAAAAAAAAACACAAAAAAAAAACAAAUUUAAUCGAAUGUAGUGUUUACAUUAAAAUCCACAGUUUUCAUGACCAAACCCUUGUCAUUUCUACUUUGAUUAGAAGUCAGACUUCUUCACCAUUUCACUUGAGAAUUGAAGAGCGGUCACAAACGGUAAAGGAAAAAAAAAUGAUGAAAAAUUAAAAAAACUUAAAUGAUUCAAUAAAUGAGCGAGAAAUGAAGCUGGGGUGUGUUCUUUGUAUUGCCGAGCGCUCAGUUUGGUGCUGCCAGCCACUCUCGUUACUAAUGGAAACUCGUAUGUAGCUUAAUAAAGAGAAUGUUUGUCUGUACAAA